UGUCGUAAGAAACAUGUUGAGAAAAACGUCACGAAUUACACGUAUAGUGAACAGUAGAAUAAACAAGUAUAAAGUAUAUAAUAGUAUAUGAUAGUACAUAAAAUAUGUUUAAUUAAUCGAAUAAAUAAUUAAUGUAUAUUGUUCGAGUUCAAUAAUAUUGAAUAAUUAAUUAAGUGAUAAAAGAUGGAUAUUGCAAAAUCCUUUUUCAAUGUACGCGAUCAUGAAGGUUAUGUCGGAAAAGAAGAACAUAAUAAAAAGUUAGAAAUAAACUUGUCAGAAGAUGAAUUGGAGACAGGAGAUAAAAAUUCUAGAGAAUAUUUAUCACCUGUACCUGGUGGAUCGUUUUCUGCUUUAACAUCGUCCAUGUGGCCACAAGAUAUUUUAGCUAAAUUGAAUCAACCGGAUGAUCCUAAUUCUCAACCGGAAUAUAGAUUUGAUGAAUUUGGUUUUCGUGUAGAAGAAGAAGAUGGACCAGAACAGAGUUCAAGAAAAAUCCUUGGCAUUCCCUUUGUGGAGGAUCCCCAACAUAGAUUACAAUGGGUUGCUCUUUUGGAAUUCAGUAACAAUAAAGAGGAUACAGAUUUUUCAUGGCAGAAUGUAAAUCAAAGAUUACCUCGUACAGAUAAAUUACGUGACAUGGUUCGCCGUGGUAUACCUCAUUCUCUUCGACCUCAAAUUUGGAUGCAAAUGUCUGGUGCAUUACAAAAAAAGCAUACCUCAGAAAUGAUGUAUAAAGAUAUAGUAAGAGCAUCUAGCAGUGAUGUACUUAUGACUAAUAAACAAAUAGAAAAAGAUCUUCUUCGUAUUAUGCCUGCAAAUGCAUGUUUUAGUCAUCUUCAUAGUACAGGAAUACCACGCUUACGAAGAGUUAUGCGUACUCUUGCUUGGUUAUAUCCUGAUAUUGGAUAUUGUCAAGGUACCGGUAUAAUAGCUGCUUCGCUAUUACUCUUGUUAGAAGAAGAGGAUGCAUUUUGGAUGAUGGCAACUAUAGUAGAAGAUCUGUUACCAGCUUCAUAUUAUUCAGCAACAUUAUUAGGAAUUCAAGCAGAUCAAAGAGUUCUACGCACAUUAGUAGCUAAUUAUUUACCAGAUAUCGAUCAUGUAUUAGAACAACAUGAUAUAGAAUUAAGUUUAAUAUCUCUGCACUGGUUUCUCACAUUAUUUGCAUCAGUUGUACAUAUGAAAAUUUUAUUGCGAGUGUGGGAUUUAUUUCUUUUUGAUGGUUCUAUAGUUUUAUUUCAAAUUACUCUUGGAAUGUUAAAGAUAAAAGAGAUAGAUCUGAAGCAGCUUGAAAAUUCUGCACAAAUAUUUAAUGCUCUUUCGGAUAUACCUGGAGAUAUUGAUGAUGUAGAUCAAUUAUUUCGCAUAUCACUAGAAGUAAGUGGAUCAUUAACUGACGUUUUGAUCGAAACUCAUAGACGACGUCAUUUAGCAUAUUUAAUGGCUGAUCAAGGUGCAUUAGUUGGUAAUCCAGAUGCAUUGCCAAAUUUACCGAAACAACAUCUAAAUAGACGUCAAAUAAAAAGAAGUAAAUCAAUGCUACAAACAUUUUUAUUUGGAAAUGAUAAUGAAGAGGAUGAUGCAAAAUCAAAGAAUAUUCAUCAAACUGAAAUUUUGGUUGAUCUAAGAGAAUCUGUGCUACAAGUAGCAAGACACUUUAUAAAUGUUGAUCCAAAAUUAAACAAUGUUAUACUUAUAGCAGACUAUAGUAUGGAAAGUCAUGCCAAAGAUCACGAUAGUUAUAUAAAUGUAUCACGCAACAGAAAAAGAAGAGCUAAAGCAUUAUUGGAUUUUGAAAGGCAUGAUGACGAUGAACUUGGAUUUCGUAAAAAUGAUAUAAUUACUAUUAUUAGUCAAAAAGAUGAACAUUGUUGGGUAGGAGAACUUAAUGGACUUAGGGGCUGGUUUCCUGCUAAAUUUGUCGAAUUAUUGGAUGAACGAAGUAAACAGUAUACAUGUGCAGGCGAUGAUGCAGUCAGCGAAGCUGUUACAGAUUUAGUUAGAGGUUCUUUAUGUCCUGCUAUAAAAGCAGUAUUAGAACAUGGAAUGCGUAAACCAUCAUUCUUAGGAGGUCCAUGUCAUCCAUGGCUUUUCAUUGAAGAAGCUUCAAGCAGAGAGAUAGAAAAGGAUUUCAAUUCUGUGUACAGUCGGUUGGUACUUUGUAAAACAUAUAGGCUGGAUGAGGAUGGUAAAGUUUUAACUCCUGAAGAAUUGUUAUAUCGAUGUGUACAGUCUGUAAACUUGUCACACGACAAUGCUCAUGCACAAAUGGAUGUUAAAUUACGUUCAUUAAUUUGUCUUGGAUUGAAUGAACAAGUUUUACAUCUAUGGCUUGAAGUUCUAUGUUCAUGCGUAGAGGUAGUACAAAAAUGGUAUUAUCCAUGGAGUUUCAUAAAUAGUCCAGGUUGGGUACAGAUAAAAUGUGAGUUAAGAAUACUCAGUCAAUUUGCAUUUAAUUUAAAUCCUGAUUGGGAACUACCAGCAAAAAAAGAGCAAUCUCAACCUUUGAAAGAUGGUGUUCGAGAUAUGUUAGUAAAACACCAUUUAUUUAGUUGGGAUCUUUAAUGUAUGAUUUUUAAAUUAAUAUUAAUAUAUUUGAAUUAUAUAAAAAGUAUAAAAUCAAGAUCAUAUUAUUAUAAAUUGCGGAAA